AUGGCUCUUUACUCACUACUAACUGCGGCUCUUCUCGCCCUCUCCCAGCUUUCGUGCACGGCUAUGGGGGCCGUCGUGAAUGCGAGUGCCCCACUUGUAACCGUCACGAAUGGAACAUAUGCUGGUAGAUAUGUGCCAGAAUGGCAGCAGGAUCACUUUCUAGGGAUUCCGUACGCAACGCCUCCAGUAGGGGCACUUCGAUUCGCGCGUCCGAAAUCGCUGAAUACUUCCUUCACUGGUAUUCGAAACGCAACAGCAUACGGACCCUCCUGUUACCAAUAUCCCAAUCCAGCAUUCACGUACUUUGAGCUUUCGGAAGACUGCCUUACAUUAAAUGUUGUUCGACCUGCCAAGACAUCGCAGGAGGAGAAGCUGCUGCCAGUCCUCGUUUGGGUGUAUGGCGGAGGUUUAUACAGUGGUAGUACUGCUGAUCCACAGUACAAUCUUUCUGGGAUAACGCACGUUGGACAGGAGCUCGGCAAACCUAUGAUCACGGUUUCCAUGAACUACCGCUUAGGAGUCUGGGGCUUCCUCCAAACGCCUCAGCUCCUGGCGGAAGGAAACUCUAACGCAGGACUCUUGGAUCAAAGAAUGGCGUUCCGCUGGAUCAAAGAGAACAUUGCUGCUUUUGGCGGGGACCCGAACAGAAUUACGCUCUGGGGAGAGUCUGCUGGAGCUCAGAGUAUAGCAUAUCAUCUGCUUUCUUAUGAUGGACGUAAUGAUGAUCUUUUCCACUCAGUCAUUCUGGAGUCCGGAGGACCGACCGGAGCUCAGAUUCAGCCACUAGCAUAUUAUGCGGCACAUGUAGAGAACUUGACGAGGAGUACAAACUGCUGGACGUCACUUGAUCGGCUAGCAUGUCUGCGAGACCUAUCGGCCGAUGAGCUCUGGAGGAAUCGAGUCACCACUAUAUGGAAUCCCUUGAUUGACGGCGACUUCCUCACAGCAUACCCAAGCACAUUAAUGGCGGAGGGGAAGUUCAUUCGCCUGCCAAUGUUGAACGGUGCCAACAGCGAUGAAGGUCUCAGCUUCGUCAACUCAGGCCUAGACACUGAGACAGCCAUCUUCAACAAUCUCCUCGCCUAUCGCAACUACCAGAUCGUCCCUAACACAGCCCGCAAGCUCCUGGAGCUAUACCCUAACGACCCAGCCAACGAGCCACCCUACGCCCUCAAGGACAACACCACGUUUCCCGGCCUGGGACUGCAGUUCCGGAGACAUGCCGCGAUCACAGGCGACAUUGUCAUGAUCUCGGGCCGUCGCAAGUUCUGCGAGGUUUACGCUGCCGCGGGACAGGAUGUCUACAGCUACCGGUUUGACACACCAUUAUGGAACGCAUUGCCCUAUCACGGAGCGAGGCAUUUCGACAACGUGGUAUUCAGCUUCCAGAACAUCUCGGGUAGACUCGGUCCUCUGCCCCAGUAUCAGAAAUACACAGAUCUGAGUCGCAAUAUUGGCAAAGCAUAUGUCUCUUUCGUCAAUGACUAUGAUCCGAACACUAGUAGAGGGGAUAGUACGCUGCCGCCUUGGCCAAAAUACGACCUGGACAAGCCGACGAAUAUGGUGUUGAACUCCGACCUCUCGUUUGGGGAGGAUGAUACUUGGAGGAAGGAAGGGAUAGACUUUAUAAACUCUGUUGCUAGAGAGAUCCUUGCAUAA